ACAGAUCCUUGCUCUUUGACUAAAUGAGUUAAGGGAGUGUUCAAGAGCACCAGUUUGUAACGUGUCUGUAUACCAUGAUUUCCUGAACACAGUAGUCUUCUGGGGAAGUUCAGAACUCCUAAACAAGCUGAAUACAGAUCCUUCACUUCCUUGGGUGAAUGCUCAAGCUGCUGAGACCAGCUUCUCUUCUGGAGGUUUUUUUUAACUAUCAACAAGUACACAAGAACCACAAGAACAUUAUUAAGCUCAGUAUUUCCAAAAAAAAAUUCACUGAGGAUCCUGCUGCUGUGAGAAGAAAUCUUUAAAAUCAGGCAGAAAUGAAGAACUUGUUCCUUCUGCUCCUGUUAGCGAUGAUGUCACCUUCUGCAUUUUCAGGCCACAAGAUGAAACGGCAGGUUGAUGUUUGGGGGAGCUGGGGUGAGUGGGGCAAGUGCAGUCGGAGCUGUGGUGGUGGAGUCAGCUUUCGGCAACGGCACUGCUAUUCCCAAAGGACAGAAGGCCCUUCCAGUUGUGUUGGACCAACUCGAAGCUAUCGGUCAUGCAAUAUUCAGAGCUGCCCAGAAGGCUCCCGGGAUUUUCGGGCAGAGCAAUGUGCAGAGUUUGAUGGGACAGAAUUCCAAGGAAAGAAAUACAAGUGGCUUCCAUAUUAUGGAGCACCUAAUAAGUGUGAGUUAAACUGUAUACCCAAGGGAGAAAACUUCUACUAUAGGCACAAGGAAGCAGUGGUAGAUGGGACUACCUGUGAACCUGGCAAGCGGGACAUCUGUGUAGAGGGAGUUUGUCAGGCUGUUGGCUGUGAUAACAUGCUGGAAUCUCCCAAGAAGGAGGACAAGUGCCUGCAGUGUGGAGGAGAUGGCAGCACCUGCUAUGGUGUGAAGGGUACUUUUGAUGUGCCUAGCCUCCCCAAAGGUUACAAUCAAAUCUUCAUCAUCCCUGUGGGAGCCACAAGCAUCCGAAUUAAGGAGGUUAUGCCCAGCAGGAACUUCCUCGCUGUCAAGAACGUGCGAGGGGAGUAUUACCUGAACGGGCACUGGACAAUCGACUUCAGCCGAGCACUGCAGGUAGCUAGCACGGUUAUGCACUAUGACCGUGGCUCAGAGGGUGACCUGGCCCCAGAGCUCCUCCAUGCCCAGGGUCCCACCACAGAACCCCUCAUCAUUGAGCUCAUCAGCCAGGAGCCAAACCCAGGGGUACAGUACGAGUACUACCUGCCCGUGCAAGGGCAGGCGGCGGGUUACAGCUGGAGCUAUGGUUCCUGGAGCGAGUGCAGCUCCGAGUGCGGAGGAGGUUUCCAGUCUCGCUUGGUGUUUUGUACCAUAGACAAUGAAAUUUAUCCAGAUUAUAUGUGUAGGGGUAAACCACAACCAGACAAUAACCGGACAUGUGGCCAUCAGACCUGUCCCCAGACCAAACGGACUUCUUACAUCUAUCUGCCACGAGCCUGGAGUCACAGUGGAGCAUGGAGCUCUCAGAUGAAGAGGUGGAAGACAGGGGAGUGGGGACCCUGCUCAGCUACCUGUGGUGGGGGCACCCAGACUCGCUCCGUUUAUUGUGUGGCAUUUGAUGGUCAGAGCUCCCGAGGGGUGGUGGAUGACGCUGAGUGCAUGGCCUUCGCACAGCAGCCGCGCAGCAGUCAGCCCUGCAACAUGAGGCAGUGUGCGAGCUGGACCCCAGGGCCCUGGUCAGAGUGCUCAGCCAGCUGUGGGGAAGGGGUUCAGACCCGGACAGUCACCUGCAGAACGCAGCAGGGCUCUCAGGCUCAGGACUUCGCUUGCCUAAUGGAGCCAAAGCCAUCAGCCACCCAGCCCUGCCUUAAGGAGAACUGCAUCCAGGAAAUCGGCUGGCAUGUUGGAGACUGGGGCCUGUGUUCAAAGAGCUGCAAUUCAGGCAUUCGGACACGCCAAGUCAUCUGUGCUGACGGCGACUCCAGAUUCUACAGUCUUGAGACAUGCAAAGCCAUCCAGCCACAGAAACCAGCCACCCUGGGUAGCUGCAACAUGCAGCCCUGCUACCUGCCACAGCAGGUCCCCAGUAUGCAGGACACUAUGGGAUAUGAUGUCACCCGCCAAUCCUUGCUGACACGUUACAACCCAAACAGCCCUGCCACAGGAGUUCUGCCCCUGGAUUCUGGUGAUGAAAGGAUGUUCCCUGGGAGCUCCAUGAUCCAUAGUACCUCUGGGAAUCACCACACCCCAUCCACCAAGGACCGUGGAAUCAACUUGUUGACUGUUCGCUGGGAAUCACCGUCACGCUCAUCGGGUUCUCAUCAGCUCAGCUCCUCUCAGCACCCCGCUGCAGGGACUGGCUCUCAGGACUGUCAUCAAAGCCCGCAUGGCUGCUGUCCAGACGGGCACACUCUGGCUUCGGGCCCUCUGGGGAGAGGUUGCCCCUUCAGCACCUGCCACCAAAACAGGUAUGGAUGCUGUCCUGAUGGAGUAUCGGCUGCCCAGGGUCCAAACAACAUGGGAUGCCCACAAAAUUACCGUGACAUUCAAGUGAGCAGAAAUCAGCCCGCUGCAGCCACUCUAACAGCAAGCCAAGCCUUGUCCCAGCAGCACCCCUCGGGUGAGUGCCGCAGUUCCGUGUACGGCUGCUGUUUUGACAAUGUCGCUUCAGCUUCAGGCCCUCAAGGGGAAGGAUGUCUCAAUAGGCCCGACUACCCGUAUCCUGUCAUAUGCCUGCUACCCAGUGCCCAUGGCCCCUGCACGAACUGGACCACUCGCUGGUACUUCGUCACUGCCGUUGGCAAGUGCAACCGGUUUUGGUAUGGUGGCUGUCACGGCAAUAAAAACAGCUUUGUCUCAGAGGAGGAGUGCAUUGGAGCGUGCCACAAUUCUGUGAGCAUCGGUUCUCUGGAGCACCAGCCCUCUUCUGGCACAGGAACGCUGCAACGCCAGCACGCUGGCUCCCACUCUCAUACAGGGGAUACUCAGGGUCAGCAGCAGCCACCCCCAAGAGAGUCUGCAAGUCACAGCCAAGAAGGAAGAGCCUACGGGGCUUCACUCCCCACACAAGACAGACACAGACAGCACAGCUGGAGAAGUGAGGUGUUGCCAGAGUCUUUGGCAAGGACUGGUGUGCAGGAGAGCCAGCACCGGGGCACCCAGCAAAGCAGACUGGACAGCCUGAGCCACCUGCACUUGCGGGAAACAGCAGUGCCAAGGCAGAGUAGCAGCAGCCAGCAGUUGCUGCCCCAUGAAGGCACGCAGUGGCACAAGGCUUUUGGAGCAGGUGUUUCCCUGACGGAGGGAUUUGAGCACCAGGCACCUGCAGACUUGUUUCCAGCACAGGCUCUGCACAGAACCAUCCUGGAGGAAGCCAAGCCUUCUCUUGUGACAGCAGUCGUGGGACAAAACCUCCAGCUGGUCUGCAAGACAGGCAUGUCCCCCUUCUCCAGAGUGGAGUGGGUGAAGGAUGGCCGGCCAGUCUCCUCUGACAGGCACACCUACCAGUCUGACAGCUCCUUAGUGAUCAGCCACGUCAAGCCUGAGGAUGCUGGAACUUACACAUGCCUCAUUUCUGACGGGAGGACAGAGAGACGACAGAUUCAGUUACAGAUCAUAGAGUAUCAGAGAACUGUUCUGGCAGAGGGUGAGAGAGGUCGGGUCCUUCACAAGGAAAAUCAGCAGCAUCGAGAGCUAUCCAGAGGCAGGAAGGUUGUGCAGGCAGCUGGUUCCUCUGUGCAGCAACAAUUCACAUACAGAUUGAGAAUGGAUAAGAGUGAGCCCUCAGUAGUGGAGGCCAACGUCGGGGAGAGAGUCAGACUGCCCUGCACAGUGGAAGCAUCACCAGCUCUUACCAUUGAGUGGCAGAAAGAUGGGCAGCCCCUCUCCUCUCCCAGGCACAGGCAGCAGUCGGAUGGGGCCCUGGUGAUCAGCCGGGUCAGCUCUGAAGACACUGGCUUCUUUACCUGCAUUGCCUCAAAUGGACGUGACCAGGACCAGCGCCAGGUCCUGUUCCGACCUCUGGGAGAGCUGAAGAUCACUGGUCUGCUGCCAAGCAUCACGGUACCUGAGGGAGGGACUGCUCAGCUUCACUGUGCAGUGUCUGGCAACAACGUGAAUAUAAGGUGGUCAAGGAAUGGAGUCCCCAUGCGGGCAGAUGGCCACCGCAUUCACCUGUCCCAGGAUGGAAGCCUGAUGAUAAGCAACGUUCAGGAGGCUGACGAGGGAUCCUACAUAUGCAGCGCCUACAGCAGCAGCAAUUCUGUCAGUGCCAGCACGGAGGUGAAAGUGCUGAGGAACAGGCUGAGCACUACUGUGAAUUACGUCGCUGACCCGAGCAGGGAGUGCGUGGACCAGCCACACCUCGCCAACUGUGAGCUGAUCCUGCAGGCCCAGCUCUGCAGCAAUGGGUACUACUCCAGCUUCUGCUGCGCCAGCUGCGCUCGGUACCAGCCGCAGGCCAGCCCUCCGCGGCACCGCGGGUGACAGGCGCCUCCGUGGCCGCAUGAAAACACAGGUGACCGAUGAUAAGACUGCAAGUCUGAACUCUGUCCUUCUACUGCAUGAAACUGUUCUGGCAGCUCUGCCCUGCUGGAAAGCUGAAGAGGGUGAAUUGAACAGAGUGUAGUGGGUGUAACUGUUCAAAGGUGGGAGACCCACCACCCUCAGGUUUAUUGCAAACUCCUUUCCCCUCCUCCCCCCACCCGCCUAUGCCUGGCUGUAGCUAAUCCAUCUCUGCACUUAAGUGUAGUUGCUGUCACUCACAGAACAGGAUAAUUGGGAAUUUAAGGAUGCUGUGACUUUAGAGAAGGCAGAAAACCAGCGUGAAAGAGGGAGAGAGCACUGCUUCAUACAGGCAAGAGAGAGAAGUACUGUUAAAAAAAAUAAUCUCUGAAGUGUUUGAAGAUGGGCCUGAACGGUCUUAACUAAAGCACUAAUGAGUAAUCCUGGGGAGCACUUUCCAUCACCACCAGCGCUCGCUGGUUUGGACUCUAAAUGCAGUUAAAUCGGUUCCGAUGCACCUAAAAAUAAGAAUCACUAACCUAAUGAUUGCACUCUUUUCAGCACAGGUAUGGCUUCAGGAUUGGACACAGUGCUUUAAGGUGUGAACAAACUGAAAAGUCUAGAAGCAGUCCAGUAAGGGAGUGAGAGGCGACAGUCAUGCAGCUAUUUGGGGGUGGGUCUUUCUGUGGUCCAUUGAUUCUGCUUGCUAGAAAAGACAAAAAAUCUUGUUUUGCAAUUAAGACCCUUUCAUUUGAUUAGGGAAAACUUCCUCUGCUGUAACUCACGAGGUAUGAAGAGUGUAAGGUUUGAAGUUGACAUCAUUGGAUACUUAUGAACAAUAAGAUGGUCCUGAAAACUUCUAAUUGUGUUUGUACAUAAUUUUGCAUUUAGCAUCUCUGACCAGCGCAGUGUUUUGGUUUUUUCUGGGGGACACACAGGGUGUUUUAGUAUAUAGUAUGACUUUGCAUUUUGAGACAAGGGAUUAAUCACAGACUGUAAAUUCCAGUCUUAGUGAAGCCCUCUCAGUUCACAUGGGGCAGACAGAGGGUGGUCAAGGUCUGUGGACCUACUGAGGAGCAGAGUCAGAAGCUGAUCGUGGUUGUAUCAAGAAUAAGCAGUCAGUUCUAUAACAUUCCUUCCUACUAUGUCAGGGGGUCUAUUUUCAGAACAUUUAAAUAGUCUUUGUAGUCAGCUUUCAUUUAAGCUGUGUGGUUGUAGAUGAUGUGGCCAGGGAGUGUUUUCUCAAGGCUCAUGAGGGCUGUAACAGCCACCUGUGUUCUGAGGGGCAGGACCGUGACCCUGAGGGUGCUUCUGUUAAGUGGGCGUUUAUUCUGACCCCCUUUCAGCUGCACAACCGUGGUAGUAAGGAUGGUAGCGGAAGGCAUGCGGUUCACUGCUUUAAGUACGUCAUUGUUGUAAUAGCUAACUACAGGGCCUUUUUACGUUUCUUCUGUUUGUUAAGUUGAGCUUUUCCCUCUAUAGAGUAACACAACUGCCUAACUGAAUGUUUACUACUUUGAUUUGGGAAUCAAGGGUUUUUUUCUUCCCUAAACAAUGGAUUGGGGGAAGGUCGUGUCUCCUUUACUGUGAUCUC